GCAGGAAACGCAAGCGGCUCCAGUUCAAAGCCACAUGCACCAACGUGACAUAUAAGCCAUUAAAAUAUCAUCCUGACGGCUCAUUUCUGCUUCAUCAUACAUUCCCUAACUGCUUCCCGAAAGCUGGAAAAGGAGAAAUGAAGGAUGACUGCCUUAUUGGAACCACAAAGGAGAGACUUGGAGGGGUUUGUGGUCCCCCCUCAGCCACCCCCAAGUGAUGUGCAGAAAUGAGGCGAUCCGGGCAACAGGUGGAGCCAGGCUCAAAGUCAGAAAAUGAGAUACAAGGCUUCCUUGGUGAUGAGGAAACGAUUACGGCUUUACCGAAACACUCUGAAAGACUCAAGUAGCAGCUCCGGACACCAUGGCCCCCAAGUCGCCGCCGUUGCCAGCCCGUCGGUGUUCCCAGGUCUCCUCGAGCAGCCUUCCCCGGCCUCCCCCAGCAGUCCUUUGAAUGGACUCCUACGUCUGGGACUUCCAGGAGACAUGUACGCGCGGCCUGAGCCCUUCGCGCCUGGGCCCGCAACCCGCAGCGAUUCCCUGGUAGCUGCAGCUGCCCUGCAUGGCUAUGGGGGCAUGAACCUGACGGUGAACCUCGCAACGCCCCACGGCCCCGGCGCCUUCUUCCGCUACAUGCGCCAGCCCAUCAAACAGGAGCUCAUCUGCAAGUGGUUAGCGGCCGACGGCCCUGCGUCCCCGCGUCUCUGCUCCAAAACUUUCAGCACCAUGCAUGAGCUGGUCACACACGUCACCGUAGAGCACGUCGGCGGCCCUGAGCAGGCCAACCACAUCUGCUUCUGGGAGGAGUGUCCGCGAGAGGGCAAGCCCUUCAAAGCCAAAUACAAACUUGUAAAUCACAUCCGUGUGCACACGGGCGAGAAACCCUUCCCUUGUCCUUUCCCGGGGUGUGGGAAGGUCUUUGCUAGAUCAGAAAAUCUCAAAAUACACAAACGAACUCACACAGGGGAGAAGCCCUUCAGGUGUGAGUUCGAAGGCUGCGAGAGGCGCUUCGCCAAUAGCAGCGACCGCAAGAAGCACUCGCACGUGCACACUAGCGACAAGCCAUACACGUGCAAGGUGCGCGGCUGCGACAAAUGCUACACGCACCCCAGCUCGCUCCGCAAGCACAUGAAGGUGCACGGGCGCUCCCCGCCGCCGCCCAGCUCUGGCUACGAGUCAACCACGCCGUCUGCCCUCAUAUCGCCCUCAUCGGACUGCGGCCGCGAGCCCCCGGUGUCCUCCUCAGCUGCGGUGGCGGCGCGUGGCGCGGACCUGAGCGAAUGAUGUCCACCGCGUUGCUCUCAAGGUAAUCUCGCCCGGCGCAGCUGAGCGCCCACAUCUCGAGCCUCCGACAUCAAAGGGCCCGCUCACAAAGCAGUGUUUCUUCGCCACGGUGCAUCUUCAUGGUAAGUUAGGAUUUCUAUGGCAAUGGGCAAGUCUCACUGAAAUCCUGAAAGGCCGAGCCUGGAGCCCGUCCAGGCUUUUCAUUAAGGACAUAAUAUUUACGUCUAACAGGCCUUUUUUCUUGUGUAUACAAGUAUAUAUUUUUGUUUGACGCGGACUAAAUCAUUUUCAUUUAAUUUCCGGUAAACAAAACCCACGCGAAUGGGCACUUGUUCCCGAUCAUAAUAAAAAUGGAUAAUAAUGUGAGGGAAGAAAAGGGCCGCUUGAAUCGCCGCUCAGCCCCCUUUGUUUCUGCUUUCUGCGGUGAUCAGAGGGCGCAUUUGGGUUUGAUGGCGAGUUUCUAAAGGCGAGGAAAUGGUUUGUAAGAGGGGAAAGAAAAGGAGAAAGGUCUAAUCAAGCUCGGGUUGUUCAAAGAGUCGGGUUUUGGGGUUGAAAGUGUGAGUUUGACGGUGCAUCAGCAUGCCGCGUUAGGCUCGCCAUGGAAAUGCGCGCGGGGAGCGGCCGCUUCAAAGGCGGCACACUUCUCUGCAGACACUCUAUUAAGAUACAUUUGCGCUGACCUUUGCUUUCACGCCAUUUAAUACUGUCACUGCCUUCGCCAGUAUACACUUCCUCCCAGGGCCUGCCAAGCCUGCGUUUAGGGGUUCACUCUGAGCCCGGAUGCUUUGGCGCUUUCGGAAAGGAAGGAGACUCGACUCCGCGCCUCUUGACUACUCCCCAAAGAGGCUUCAGCGUCAGGAGUAAAUGGCUUUAGCGCAACCUCAGAAGUUUAACCAAUGAGCAUCCCCAGCUCGGUUUUGUGUAAAGUAUUUCUCAGGAUCUUGAUAAAGGUGGAGAUCUGAAUUGGAUAGAGACUUGGGGGGAAGGGAGCCACUAUGGAGGUGUCUGCAGGAUUCAGACUUCCCUCCAGAUACUUUCGGGCUGGUUCCCACCACAGCCUGUUCUGCCUCUCCAUCUCAGAAGUUUCUCUCGGUUCCCAAACUUGUUUCUCCAGCACUGGAUGUGUGGGACCUUUCAGGCCUAGGCUGGCCCUGGGCACGACUUCAAGAGCCCAAGGCCAAGGGAAUGGGGAAGAUGGCAGGAAAGUUAGAAGUCCAUGUUCCUUUAAUUGUCUUGUUGUUUAUUUUAUCCAAGUACCCUAGUGAAUAGGGGAAAAAUAAACAUGGUG